AUGAGCGGUUUCCCACCCAUAGGGACUCCCCAACUAGCCUUGGACAUCUCACGAGUGAACGUGGUGGAUUUUUGCGGCCAGACUAUUCGUGGAGACGGCAUGAUUGUCAACUCACAUCAGGAGUCUAAGAAGUACUACUUUGUUACCAUGGGGACAGACUGCCACCUCACUAUGCAGGCGACGUCUCCUAAGGACAAGGUUCAGUUCCAUUUCCGCUUCUUCCUGGUCUACAGCUUACUGCGGGUGGCACCGCUAAGUCCCACCCCUCUCUUCCCCGAGUCCCCUCGUGGCUCUGCCUCUCUCAACCCUCGACUGGAGCCAAUACCAGCCGAGGGGCAAGGGGACCCAUGCCAUGCUGGUUCUUACAUCCAGUUCUAUGAUGGGCAGAGCAGGAGCUCGCCACCUAUCGGCCCACCGCUGUGUGGGAAGAGCCCACCCCGUCCGGUGCUAUCCACAGGCAACUACCUGACCUUACGGCUGGUGACCCGAGGAACUCAACCUAGAGUGGACUUUGUAGGAGACUUCACCUCCUUCAGGCUGGAACCCUAUUUCACAUGUCGCAAUGGCAAGUGUAUCCCACUGAGUCUGGUGUGUGAUGACAAGGGCAUUGACAACUGUGGGGAUGGAAGUGACUUGGAGGAGAAUCUGACCACAGGGUGUAAAGACAUCCCAAACCCCAUAUCCUUGCUGGCUCUGUAUAUCAUCCUGGGCAUCGUGGCCGGUGCCGUGGUCCUCUGCUGGUGCUGCUGGUCACCUGGUUGGUUCCUGUGGCGCAUCAGCAUCUGCCGCUUUUUGCCCUGUUGCAACUCGGCCUGUGCCUCCUGCCAGCUCUGCGGCCGGAGCUGUGUCCACAGCAAGGAGCACCGACCAGCUAAAGUCGCUCCGCAUACACCAGUCAAUGGGGCCCCGGUCAAUGGGGUGGUAACAACAACUGCUAACACAAAUGCUAGUGACACCGCUGCGGUUGUUUAG